AUGGACGCAGCUAAAAAAGUAAACAAAUUCAUAAUGAAAAAUCCAGAAAAUGCUGACUUUAAUUAGUAUUGGUAUUCUCCAAAGACUAUCGAAAUCUUAGUCAAUCAGGUCUUGAAGCAUGGUAAAAACUGUGCUUUCUUAUCAACUCCUAGUAUAUUUUAUUCAAUUAAUGAUGCUCAGUUUUUGAAACAAUGCUAUGUUUUCGAGUUUGAUAAAAAAUUCGAGAAAAAUAAUCCUAAUUUUGUUUUCUUUGAUUUUCAUAAACCUGAAGACAUUCCUGCAUAAUUUCACAAUUUUUUUGACUUCAUUGUAAUUGAUCCUCCUUUUAUAACUCGCGAUGUUUGGGAAAAGUAUGCCAAUGCAGCAAAAAUAAUUGGUAAAAAAGAUGAAAAUAAUAAAUUUGUAGCCAAUGUAUUGGCAUCUUCAAUCGAUGAAAACGAUAAAAUGUUAGAUGAAUUGCUUGGCCUUAAAAAGAGAGUAGCACGUCCUUUAAUUCCUAAUUUGGUUUACUAAUAUUCUUUAUAUUCAACAUAUGAAGAUGAAAGCUUAAAUUAAGUUAAUGAAGAAAUAGGAUUUUGA